AUGGAGAAAUCACCACAUUUCUUCAAGGUUAUCCUUCCCUCUACCCUGGCAGAGAAGAAGCUGGGGAUUCCAGAAAAGUUUGUAAAGAAGUUUGGGAAUGAACUUGCUGAUAUUGCAAAGCUGGAAGUUCCCAAUGGUCAGGUUUGGCUGGUGAGGCUGACAAAAGAUGGGAGGAAAAUUUGGUUUCAGGAUGGUUGGGACGACUUUAUUCAAUAUCAUUCAAUCUCUGUUGGAUACUUCUUGGUUUUCAAAUAUGUGAAGAAUUCAACAUUCCAGGUUCUUAUUUUCUAUUCGACUGCUUGCGAAAUUUACUAUCCAUAUAAUGCAAUGUAA